CUCUCUCUCUCACACACACACACACAGAAUGGAUUCUCUCCUCCCAGGCGACGAGGCGCGAAGGAAUGCAAACGGAAUACAACAAACUAUAAGCAUUAGCAAAGUAGAAAAACUCUACCUGAUCAGCAGCUGCUGGGGCACACGGCUGAUCACCCCGAACUGGUGGUACGAUCCGAAACUCCACGGCCCCACUGUAAGGAUCUUUUCUCGCGGUGACGCAAACUACAGCCUCACCAUCCGCAGUGAGAGUGUUGUUUUCGCUCCGACCGAUCCCAAGGACGAGCGCCAAUAUUGGAUCAAAGACAAUAGAGUCAACUCAAAGGUGAGGGAUGAAGAAGGCUCUGAGUCCUUUGCGUUGGUGAACAAAGCAACUGGCCAAGCUAUCAAGCACUCCUUCGGGCAUGGCCUUCCUGUGCAACUUAUUCCAUAUAAUCCAAGCUACGUGGACGAGUCGCUCUUGUGGACGGAGAGCAAGGAUGUCGUUGAGGGCUUCCGUGGAAUAAGGAUGGUGAAUAACUUGAACUUGCGUUUUGAUGCUUUAACUGGGAUUAUCACGGAUGGGACCGUUCUUGGUCUCUUCAAGACGAACAAUGUUGACAACCAGCGCUGGCAGAUGGUCCCUUACAGUAACGAGGGAGAGGAACAGUUUCCGACGCUUGCAGGGUGUGGGAAUCUGAUUCAACUUAUCAGCUGCUUACUGAGCAACCUGAACGGCUCUCCGCCAUUAGGCUACCCUCUGAUCCCGAUUUACUCGUCUCCGACCUGGUAUGAUCCUGGCACCAUGGGGCCGACAAUGCGGAUCUUUUGUCUUGCCGGCGAGCGGCACAGCCUUGCCAUCCGUGGGGAGAACGUCGUUAUGGAGCGGGCUGAUCCAGCAAGCGAUUACCAGCACUGGAUCAAAGACACGCGGUACAGCGCAAAGGUGAAGGAUGAAGACGGCAAACCAGCAUUUGCUCUCGUCAAUAAAGCGACUGGGGAAGCUCUCAAGCAUUCUUUCGGCUUCAGCCACUACGUUCGGCUUAUUCCCUACAAUCCGGAUUAUUUCGACGAGUCAGUGCUGUGGACGGAGAGUGACGAUCUCGGAGACGGAUUUCACACCAUCAGGAUGGUGAACAACACCGCACUGCUGUUCGAUUCGCUCAAUUCCGUGCCGGCCGCGGGUGGCGUGCGCGUAGGAAACCCUCUCUGCCUCUGGAGGUGGAACCAAGGGAACAACCAGCGCUGGAAGAUCAUCCCCUACUGAAAUUAUGUUGGAGAUGUUGUUAGCUGUUGCCCACCUGUGGAGUGUUGAAUGUUUAUUGUACUAGUUUCGCAUAAUAAGUUGGCUUUUCAGUUGAAGAAGCUAUGUUUCUUUUCCUGUUUUUCUUGUGAAAAUAAAUGGUGGGUUAUGAACUUAUGAUGGAGUUGUUUAAU